CCCCAUGCCUUUCUCGUCAAAUCUAUUCGUAAAACACAGAGAAGACCCUGAUGCCAGCAUUCCACCCUGCCAGUCCAGUCACGAAAGAUCAAAUGUCCUUGAACAUGAAGAAAUAUAAAAGGAAAGACAUUCGCCCAAAGAAGGCCACUGACUGAGAGAAGAGGAAAACAUGAAAGCUUUAAGAUUCAGUGGCCACCUUCAUCUCUGCCUCGUUUCCAUCGUUAUUUCACUGACCUUUUUCACAGAAAUUUCAGUUGCAGCUGACACCAUAACUCAGGCUCAAUCGCUCAGAGACUCCCAAACCCUUGUUUCCUCCGGUGGAAACUUCAAACUAGGGUUCUUCACUCCGGAUAAUUCGAAAUACAGUUACGUGGGGAUUUGGUACAACAAAAUUUCGAUUCGAACAGUGGUUUGGGUUGCAAAUAGGAACGACCCAAUAACAGAUUUAACUGGAGUUCUAUCAUUUGGCACAGAUGGAAAUCUUGUUCUUCUCAACCGACAGGCGACCGUCCUCUGGUCGACAAAUACAUCUAAGGUACAAAAUCCGAUUGCGCAGCUUCUUGACUCCGGGAAUCUUGUUAUCAGGGAGGCCAGCGAUCCCAAUCCCCAAAACUAUCUAUGGCAGAGCUUUGAUUAUCCCACCGAUACGUUGUUACCAGGUAUGAAGCUGGGGUGGAACUUGAAGACCCGUUUGAAUCGUUUUCUGACAUCUUGGAAGAGCCCAGACGACCCUUCAAUGGGAGAUUUUUCUUUCAGGAUAGAUCCUCAUGGAUUACCAGAAAUAUUUCUGAUGAACCGACUGGACACGGUGUACCGAAGCGGGCCUUGGAAUGGAAUCCAAUUUAGUGGAGUUCCAGAAAUGAGGCCCAGCGAGAUCGUAAGCUUUGAUUUCACAUUUAAUGAGGAGGAGGUUUAUUACUCAUUUACAAUCAAUAGUGACUCAGUUUUUUCAAGGUUGAUGGUGAACUCGACUGGUUUGCUUCAAAGGUUCACAUGGCAGCUAGGCGUGAACAGUGACUGGAUCCUUUUCUGGUACGCCCCAAAGGACCAAUGCGACGACUACAAGAACUGUGGGCCUUAUGGUAUUUGUGACAGCAAUGCUUCGCCGAUCUGUGAGUGUGUGAAGGGAUUCAAGCCGAAGAACCAGAAGGCUUGGGAUCUCAGAGAUGGGUCUGAUGGCUGUGUUGUGCAAACCGAGUUCGUGUGUCAGAAGGACGAUGGGUUCUUAAAAUUGACGGGGAUGAAACUGCCGGAUAGUUCUCGAGCAUUUGUAAACCAAAGCAUGAAUCUUCAGGAAUGCGAAGCCGAAUGCCAGAAAAGUUGUUCUUGUACAGCUUAUGCGAAUACUAACAUCACCGGAGGCGGAAGCGGCUGUGUGUUUUGGAUCGGCGAUCUGAUCGAUCUCCGGGAAUACAUCAUGGACGGCGGCGAAGAUCUGUACGUGAGAGUGGCAGCUUCAGAGCUAGGAGGAGAAGCGGAGGGCUCCAAAUCUGACAACAAUUCGAACAAGAAAAGACUAGUAAUUCUGGCUACUAGCAUCACCGCCAGCCUUGGUGUUCUUGCAUUGGCGUUGAGUAGCAUUUAUCUCACUUGGAAAAGGAGGACAAUCCGCUCCUCUGAAAGAGGUACAAGGGAGAAAAGUCAGGAUUUGCAACUAUUGGACUUGGACGUCGUAAAACCAAGCAACAUGGAUUACUCUGAUCAAAGCAAAAUGGAUGAAAUUGAUCAGUUACCUCUAUUUGAUUUUUAUACUAUAGCAACUGCUACUGACAACUUCUCUGAUGCAAGGAAGCUCGGCAAAGGAGGUUUUGGUUCCGUAUAUAAGGGUGAAUUGGUGGACGGAAGAGAAAUUGCAGUGAAGAGACUUGCAAAGGAUUCGGGGCAGGGAACAGAAGAAUUCAAGAAUGAGGUUGUUUUAAUUGCUAGGCUUCAACACCGGAAUCUGGUUAGGCUUUUGGGUUGUUGCGUCGAUUGCCAGGAAAAGAUAUUAAUUUAUGAGUAUAUGCACAACAGAAGUUUGGAUUGCAUCAUCUUUGACAAGACGAAAAGCACAAUACUGGAUUGGCCAAAGCGUUUCAGAAUUAUAGGAGGUAUUGCUCGGGGAGUUCUUUAUCUUCACCAAGAUUCUAGAUUCAGAAUUGUUCAUAGGGAUCUCAAAGCGAGCAACAUUCUACUAGAUGGAGAGAUGAACCCCAAAAUUUCUGACUUCGGAAUGGCUAGGAUUUUUGGAGGGGAUCAAACUGAAGCAAAUACAAAUAGGGUGGUUGGAACAUUUGGUUAUAUGUCCCCCGAGUAUGCCAUGGACGGGUUGUUCUCAGUGAAAUCUGACGUUUUCAGCUUCGGUGUUUUAGUGUUGGAAAUAAUAAGUGGUAUGAAGAACAGAGGAUUUUACCACACCAACAACCAAUAUAACCUUCUUGGGCAUGCAUGGGCACUGUGGAGAGAAGGAACGACCUUGAAAUUAGUGGAUACAUCCAUGGGUGAGUGUUAUCACACCUAUGAAGUUUUGAGAUGCAUACAAGUCGCCCUUCUGUGUGUGCAAGAACGAGCAGAAGAUAGACCCACCAUGUCAAACGUGGUUUUGAUGCUCAGUAGUGAAACUGCAACAGUACUGCCACAACCAAAAGAACCUGGGUUUUGUUUGGGAAGGAGUUUGCUUGAAAUAGAAUCAUCUUCCAAUAGGCAAGAGUCAUGUACUUUAAACCAAGUAUCGGUUACAAUGCUAGAAGCCCGGUAGUUGCUGCUCUGGCCUUUCAUACAGUGUAAUCCAUAUUGCUAUAUACUCAAAUUCCUUUCCAAUAAGAUAGAGAGAGAUUAAUUGAAACUGAUGAAAGCAAUACCCUAUGCAACUGUCCUGCAACAGAAGAUCGGCGGACUACUGUAGUCUGUAGUGUAAUCUCACCAACCAAUACCAUUAGUAAGCUGCAUGUGGGCUGCCUCCUGCCUCUUGGGUGAACCCAAACUGAACUGACUGAAGGAAAAUAGGGCCAAUCCAUCCUAAGGAUUAAUCUAGCCAUGCCCAGCCCAGUAAUUCAGGAACACAAAUACAGUCAUACCUUAACUGGGCUAAGACCAUCACCGAGCAAGAAAUCAAGACUGGGCUGAUCUCGGCCCAUAGUAAAUCGAAGCCUAAGUUAAAUGCCAACCCUGCCUACUAUAUUGCAGGUUCUCUUGUACUUCCAUUUUCAUUGGUAUAUACCGACUCUUUGAACA